AUGCAGCAAUUAGGAAGUUGUGAGACUAGAUAUUGUUGAGCUUCCUGAGAGCAGAGCACAGAGUCUGACGUCAGCUUGAGACCCCAAAAUGUCUUUUGGAUUUUCCGUGAGAGUGCUGGUGCUCUCCCUUUUGGCAUUUGGGCACAAUACAAAUGCACUCUACAGAAGUGGAGGCCCCAGUGGUACUAGGCCUCUCUUUGCUCAUCCACGAAGCCACAACCCUGAUUUUGUGUCAACUUAUGAGCGUUCUGUGCAGCCUGGAGGGUUUCUGGGUAGUUCUGGAUCCAGUCACGGUGGAAGUGGGCAAGUAGAUGGUUACAGUCCAUAUGGAAGUGUUUCUAGUUACGUGCCUGAACCACAGAUCCUUAGGAAACAAAACUCUCAGCAGCCGCCUAAAACUAACCCCAAUGCAAAUGGUAGAUUCUCGACCAAAGGUGGCAACUGGGAUUUGGCCCCUCAAAAUGGAAAAAGUAUUAAGUCAGGUAUUGCUUCAAGUAGUGCAAUUAUUAUGCAAUCUGGUUCAGAGCCACACACUUUCAAUCCGGGCUACCUGCCAAAGCAGCCCAGGCCCCAGGAAGUGCCUACUUCCAAUACAGGCUACCCGCAGAAGCCGCCCAGGCCCCAGCAGCUGCCUAUUUUCAAUAUGGGCUACCUGCAGAAGCCGCCCCAGCAGCUGCCCACUUCCAAUACGGGGAGCCUGCCCAGGCCCCAGCAGCUGCCCACUUCCAAUACUGGCAACCUGCAUAGCCUGCCCAGGCCCCAGCAGCUGCCCACUUCCAAUACAGGCAACCUGCAGAGGCUACCCAAGCCCCAGCAGCUGCCCACUUCCAACAUGGCCUACCUGCAGAAGCCACCCAGGCCCCAGGAGCUGCCCACCUUCAAUACAGGAAACUUGCAGAGUCCGCCCCAGCAGCUGCCCACUUCCAAUGCAGGCAACCUGCAGAGGCCGCCCAAGCCCCAGCAGUUGCCGAUCUUCAAUAGAGGCUACCUGCAGAAGCCGGCCCAGCAGCUGCCUACUUCCAAUACAGGCAACCUGGAGAGGCUGCCCAAGCCCCAGCAGUUGCCGAUCUUCAACAAAGGCUACCUGCAGAAGCCGGCCCAGCAGCUGCCCACUUCCAAUACAGGCAACCUGGAGAGGCUGCCCAAGCCCCAGCAGUUACCGAUCUUCAACAAAGGCUACCUCCAGAAGCCGGCCCAGCAGCUGCCCACUUCCAAUACAGGCUACCUGCAGAAGCCGCCCCAGGAGCUGCCUACUUCCAAUAAAGGCUACCUGCAGAUACCACCCAGGCCCCAGGCGCUCUCCUCUUUUAACACAGGCUACCAGUCCAAGCCCCAGCAGUCCCACACUUUCAAUCCAGGCAAUGUGCAGAAGCCUCCCAGGAGCCAGCAGGCCCACGCUUUUAAUUCAGUCUACCAGCCCCAGAAAGCAGUGUUGCAAACCAAAGCUGGCAUGUGGGACUUGUUUUCAGAUCCUACCAAAUCAAAUGUUGAUUCAAGAAAUUCAAAACCAAUUUCAAUGGAAUCUCCGUGCCAUUCCAGAAGGCAGCGUCCACUGGUGCCGAUGUAAAACAUUUCCCUCACAGUUCCUGGCAUUACGUUUUUUGGGGG